ACUACAUUCACGACGCGGGUUCCAUACUGAGAUCUGACGCGCGCCUUUCGCCUCUCCCCGUGCAGAGCGUUAAAUAAAUUAAAAAAAUAUCGUGAGUCUAUUGCCAUUAUUAAAAUAGUGAGUGUGAUAAAAAAUGAUUCGAAAAAUCAGUGCCCUCGUGUGUUGUCUCUGCGUUUUUGGUAUAUCUUUGAGUGACAGUGCUAUAUCAGCAGAAAAUGAAGCAAGAUGUAGAAACCCACCGACAGCACCUCAGAAGAUCGAAAGAGUAAUAACGUUAUGUCAAGAUGAAAUUAAACUCUCCAUACUAAGAGAGGCACUAGACGUAAUUAAGGAAGAGCACACUAUGCCGGCACAACGACGACGCAACAAGAGAGAAGUGCCCUUCACACAUGACGAGAAGAGAAUCGCCGGGUGUCUUCUGCAGUGCGUUUACCGGAAAGUGAAAGCGGUGGACGGCUACGGGUUCCCCACACUCGAGGGCCUCGUUGGUCUGUAUUCUGAUGGAGUGAACGAGCGUGGCUACUUCAUGGCAGUGCUGGAAGCGUCUCGCGAGUGUCUCAUGCGCAACCACGAUAAGUUCUCCAGGACCGUCCCUAUGGACAACGGCCGCAACUGUGAUGUCUCCUUCGACAUUUUCGAAUGCAUAUCUGAUCGCAUCGGUGAAUACUGUGGCACUUCUGGACUUUAAACCUUUAAAAAUUAUCAUAGAAAUUAUUAAAAGGCGAUAAUUAUGGUGUUACGAAAUAAAAUUAUUUUUUAACAAUUUUUGUGCAAAAAAGAUAUUACUCGAAUAACCUAAAAUCCUCUUACUUUUGAUAUCUUCUGCAUUGUUUUAUGUUUUCUUUUCUUCAUAUAAUUUUGUGGCAAAUUUAUAGCUAAUUUCGUUGAUUUCGUCUGUGGUUUACGUAUGGUUUAACAAUUAAGCAAGACUGCAUUGCGCAAAUUAUAUUUACAGCUGGAUAGAACAUUUUCAUUUGAUUUAGCUAACCACAAUUCAUUGUUACUAAAUUAGUUAAUUCUCAAAAUUAUUAUAUUCGUUUGAUUAAACAUUUAUUCAUUAUGUAUUAAUUCCAUGAUUCUUAUAAACAAAAAUCAGAUAUUGUAAUACUGAGUAAAAAACGUAUGGAAAUCGAUAUAUAAUUGUGAACUUUUUUAAUCUUUGUGAAAUUACAUGAUAGCCGUGGAUUUCUAUUGCAUAAAACUGUAGUUUACUACAGUACUACAAAACACAAACAGACUUCAAAUUAUUACUUAAUUUCAGCAAAAAGUAUAAGAUUUAAAAUAAAAAAGCAUUUAUUUUUUAAAAACAAAUAAAUAACACCUUAAUUAUGGCCGUAACAUAAUUAAAUAAGUAAUACCUUUUGUUAAGUUACCAAGAUAUUUUAAAACUUACUACCACUGAAUAUUAACAUUAAGUAAAUAAUGACGUACUAUGUACAUAGUUUUAGUAAAUAAUAUUGUGAUGCUCAGUAACUAAUAAUAUGUAGAUAAUAAGAGUUUUCAAUUUAGAGAUUCUGGGAGUAAAAAAUUAUAAAAAAAGAGUAAAAUCCGUCCAUUGCAUAAUUGUUCCAAAUGAUAUGUUUUUUGUAAAAUGAUUGAUAAAUUCGGAGCUUUAUAACGAACUGAUAGAUUAAUAUAGUACAUAAGA